CGCUCCAACUGUUAAUGAUACGGCACUGGCACUGUCGACAAGGAAUAUAGUAGAAUAGAAUGGAGUAGAAUAUAAUUGAUAUUGCCCAUUGCCAGUUAUGUUGAGGCAUAUCAUAUUCAUUGCAUCAGAUUUGAUUAGUAAAUACAUUAUAAAUUAAAGACAAUUGAAGAUCAUCGUGAUACGUACUUCAUUGUCACAGUUGUUAUUGAGAAUUACUUAAACGAUCGUGUGUUUUCGACAAUGACGUAGAAAUUAACAAAUGUAUCACAAACGUCAAUCACACUUUGUGUUUUUCGACUGUUUGAAUAUCGUGAAAUAAAAAGCUUUUACCAGUUAUUGCUCCUUAUAUAUUAUGGAAGCAACAUUUUCUUUACACGUACUAACAAAAAUAUACACAAAAUUAUCUUCCGCUUAUUCAGACACGUCCAAUUGUUGGGCAAAAUUAAAAAUUAAUAGCGACACUGUAGGACUGCGAUAGCAAUCAGCAAAAAUGAAAUUAAAUGAGCUGGUACAUUGGUAUCAGAGGAAAAUUGGUACUUAUGAUAAACAACAAUGGGAGAAAACUGUAGAGCAACAUAUACUUGGGGGAUUUACACAUGUUCCAAUGAGAACUGCAAAACUUAAAACAGAACUGAUCGAUGUAGAUCUUGUGCGAGGUUCUUCUUUCCCAAAAGCCAAGCCAAAGCAUGGAUUGUCUACAGUAGCUUGUCUGGCUUUUCAAAGGCUAUUAUUUCUACCUUUAUAUAGAAAAUGGUGGACACAACAAACUAGUUCAAAAAUUUUUAUAUUAUUUUUACUACUGUAUAGUUUGCAGUUGAUCAAUAUGUGUAUAUAUUUUUAUCAAAUGGCAAAAGAUGAUGAAAGUGAUAUUGUGACUACAUCAGAAGUAUUAAUACCUGCUAUUAUGAUGCUUACUCUAUGCAUCGUUCAUUCCCAUAUUGUGUCAACACAUUCAGGUCCAAUAGUAACAAACGGACAUAGUAAACAGAGAAUAAUUAGGCGCUCCAGGCACACAAGAUGUAGAUUGGGAAAAUCAAGAACAAGACAUAGUUUACGUAUACAUGAAGAUUCCAAGUCAUUUCAAGAUAAUGCUUCUGAGAAAGCUAGUAGAGCAAGCGGGGAAGUAUUGACUUCUGUGCGAUUUGCAAAGAAAGUUGAAAUUGAAAAUUCCUUGACUGUUAGCCUGUCUCAGGAAUUUAUGAAUGUUCAAGCAUCCUGUAAUAAUGAGCUAAAUAAUGCGGCUGUGAACAAUCCUCUUCUUAUGAAUGAAGCUACGACUAGUCGUAUUCAAUCAAAUGAUGUUCCAUAUAUAAGAAAUAUACAUCAAGAUGAUGAUGGAUUUGAAAGUUUAAAUGGAAAUGUAUCGAGUGACAAUGAUAAAGGGGCUGCACAAGCAAUGUUAGACAAGCCUAAGAAAAGAAGAGCUGUAUUGCAUAAAAAUAAUGAUGAUUCUGCUAGUCAACAGACCUUAUUGCAAUCUAAAUUUUCAGCACGUGAGUUAUUGAAGACUGAAGAUAAUUCUUCAAAAAGCGUAGGAGAAACUUCUAAUAAAAUGGAUAAAGUGCCUACCCCCAUCAUGAUUGGGCCAAGAGAAGGUCGACAACAAUGCGAAAGUGAGGAAGAAGGAGAAUGUGAAGAAGCUGCCAUAAAUCAUUUGACAGAAGCCACAACAUCUGCUACUGAGUGGAUGGGAGUAACUACAAAUAGCGAUGAAUGCAGCUAUAGUUCGGAGCUUGAGGAGUCUGAUAUCCAUAAUGAAACUAACAAAAAUUAUUCAGAAUUCGUGGAGCAUCCUUUCUCUUGGGAAUUUGAAUUACCGCCUUCUAUAAUGCUUAGUUCUAGUUGUGCUUCGUGCGACCGUGUUUCGUGUACUAUAUGGGCACGACGCGAUGUAAAAAAAGCUGAGCUAUCUGUGCUAGACAUCAGUUCAGCAAUUAUUGCUAAAGUAGAAUCAAUGCCAGAGAGUAUGAGUUAUUUUUAUGGGGGGCUGAUGGUCAGCGUGGCUUUAUCGUUAAUACCGUCUAUAAAUCGGUUAAGUGAUCACGCUGGAAUGGACAAUAGCAGUAAUCUAACCAGUUCCUUCAUACCAAAUGAUUUGAUUUCCGUUAAUUUGGAAACAUACAGCGAUAUUUUAUGUAAAAUAAUAGGAUUAACGUUUGGGGCAACUCUUUGGGAACGUGUAGUAAUUCUUAUAUCAGCAUUCGAGAGGCUUAUGUUAUCUUCUUUACUAUUUUUUCUAUUAGCAGUUGCUGAACGUACUUAUAAGCAAAGGCUUUUAUAUGCUAAACUGUUUUCACAUUUAACAUCAUCAAGACGUGCAAGAAAAUCGGAUUUACCACACUUCCGAUUAAAUAAAGUGCGAAAUAUUAAAUUGUGGUUGAGCGUUAGAUCUUAUCUGAAAAGGAGAGGUCCACAACGUUCUGUAGAUGUAAUAGUAUCAGCAGUAUUUGUAGUUACAUUACUAUUGUUAUCAUUUGUGAGCUUGGAAUUAAUUAAGGAUCUUGAAAGUUUGCAUUCCCGAUAUAACGUUGAAGCUUUAUCAUGGAGCUUUUCUCUUGGAAUAUUUAUAUUACGUUUUAUGACGCUGGGCACGAAAAUUAAUAAAAAAUAUAGAAAUCUGUCUGUCUUAAUAACAGAACAGAUUAAUUUAUAUUUACAAAUAGAACAAAAACCACAUAAAAAGGAAGAGCUCAUGGUAGCGAAUAACGUACUCAAAUUGGCAGCUGAUCUGAUAAAGGAACUUGAAAGUCCAUUCAAAAUAUCUGGUCUAUCAGCGAAUCCCUAUCUGUAUACAAUCACAAAAGUGGUACUGUUAUCUGCUCUUUCAGGAGUGCUUUCAGAAUUACUUGGAUUUAAACUUAAAUUACAUAAGAUAAAAAUCAAAUAAAAAGGUGAUACUAUUCAUUUUUAUGUAACUACCUCAGAGAUGUUAAAUAAUUAAGAAAGGAAACUCAAUUUUGUUAUUGAAUAUUAGUGUUCUAUAAAAUCAUUCUAUAUGGACGAGUAAGCAGGUGUUUUCCUUUUUGAUAGUUUAUUUCAUUGCAUAUAAAUGAUUUCGGUUAUUUUUUUAAUUGCUAGUGAUUUUAUGUUUUAGCUAGGAACUUCGUGUUUUAUCACGAAAAAUAAAUCACUACCCUCUCUGGGUGUGAUACACGCCAAAACUUACUUAAUGGGCCUUUAAGAUGCUUAGGUGAGAAUUUGAUGCACCUUAACACUGAAGCACCUUGGGAGACUGAUCGCAGUUCGCGAUACAAAGUGCUCAAGGUGUGUUGUAAGUCAACAAAGACCCCCAGACGUAGUAACUGGCUAUAAAGGAGCACUAAAGUUUAUAACGUUUGGGAUCCCCUUUUUUUGUAGUUUUCCUUCCAUCAGAUUAUAAUAUGCAAAAUUUAAAAAAAUACCUGUAUAGGUAAUUUUAUAGCUAUUUUUCAUAUGGUUUUUAGGUACAAAGUUUGCUUGCCGAAGCAGCUUUUUACACAAUUCUUCUAUAGAGACAUGGGUACAAUGACUCCCUAGGAAUGAGUGCACAGACCUGAAUGCUUUAGUAAUAAUGAAAAUAAUUACAACAUGUGAAAAUAAUUAAUUACACUAUAAUAACACAAAAUAGUUGAAUUGUUAUUUGUUAGAUUGCUUUUUUCAUUUUGUAUUAUUCCGGACGUUAUUUGUAUAUUUGUAUUAUUCCGGAUAUUAUCUCGGACGAGUUAAAAGAUAGCCCUUCUGCCAAUAGGCAUAUUAUUUGAUGAAAUACUUUAUUCAUUUUCUAAAAUUAUAAUAUAUUAGAUAUAAAAUUAUUUGAAAGGUAUUGUUACUAAUAUUUAACAGAUCAUUUAGAUAUAUAGCUCUUGGUGCUCUGUGUAAUUAUAAUGUUAUCAGUGCUUUGCAUGGAAUAUACAGAAUGUAUCCCUAUACAUAUAUAUUUACAAAGUACCAGAUGUUGUAAAUGAUAUGUGUGUAAAAUAUGUCAAUAUUAAUAAGCUCAAUUACCCCAACACACUUACCGAUGAGAACUGAGAAAUUACAUGCAAUAAUCAUGACUUUUCCUUUCGAUGUUCAAUUUCUGUAUAAAUAAUAUAUUGUAAAAUAUACAAAAAUAGUACCUGCGCAAUAAUUCAUCUAAUUAAGAUAUUUUUAACACAAUUUUAAGUGUAUCUAUAUCUGUUAAAUAAAUUAAAAAACUUAAAAUAUAUA